CCUCCCUCCCCCUCCAGCCUGCUGCUAUCGGAUCUGUGAUGAUAUGUGAUCUCCUGGAUACAAUCAGGCACACACACACACAUAAGUACCAGGCACUCCUGUGCAGCCCAGCAAAAAUGUCUUUCUCCUGAAGUGCUGCUCAUCACAGCCUCCAGAUCCCUGACGAUGUUGCCAUGCUUCCCUUCCUGCCUCCUGCCUUUUGCUGCCUUUGCCUGCCUGCUUCUCCUGCCUGGGGCUCAUCUCUGCCCUGCUGUUUGUAGCUGUAUGGACUACCACACCAUAGACUGCCGGGAUCAAGGACUCCCAAGUGUUCCCAACCCCUUCCCAUUGGAUGUACGGAAACUUCUGAUAGCUGAUAACAACAUUCAGGCAAUACCAGCUGAUUUCUUUAUAUUUUAUGGAGAUCUGGUCUAUUUGGACUUCAGGAAUAACUCGCUCACCUCUUUAGAAGAGGGCACUUUUAGCAGUUCUACCAAACUGGUGUAUUUAGACUUGAGCUACAAUAAUUUAACCCAGCUCGACGCCGGGACAUUCAGAUCAGCAGAGAAACUGAUCAAACUGAGCCUUGGGAACAACAACCUGGUGGAUGUGGACGAGGCUGCUUUUGAGAACCUGGACCAGCUGCAGGUGCUAGAAUUGAAUGACAACAACUUGCAGAGCCUGAACGUGGCAGCCCUGGAAGCUCUGCCCUCGCUGAGGACCAUCCGCUUGGAGGGCAACCCCUGGGUGUGCGACUGUGACUUUGCCAACCUCUUCAGCUGGAUCCAGGACAAUGCAUCCAAGCUGCAGAAAGGUCUCCAUGAAAUCCAGUGCUCCCUGCCCGUGGAGAACAGAAGGAUCUUCCUGAAUGAGUUAUCUGAGGUCAGCUUCAGUGAAUGCAAAUUCAGUUUGUCCUUGACAGACCUUUUCAUCAUCAUCUUCUCUGGGGUGGCUGUGUCCAUUGCUGCCAUCCUCUCCAGCUUCUUCCUGGCCACCCUGGUGCACUGCUUCCAAAGGUGUGCUCCCAGCAAGGAUGAUGAUGAAGAUGAAGACGACUCUGAGGACUGAACUCAAUCAAAAUCCUUAAUUUUCCUCGGUUUAUCAGUUACCAGAUCAUCAGCCAAAGUCUAUGAGGAUAAAAAAGUAGAGUGAAAGCUUUAAACAUGAUUUAAACUCACAAUGUGUAAGGAUCUCUUCUGCUGGUCACAGGCAGGAAUGGCAGACCUGGGACUGUCACCUCCUCUUGCACAUGUGCUGCAAUCACACCAGGCUGGUUUCCAUGGUCCUUAACCAAACACUGCAUUAAAGCUUGAAGAUUGAAGGAAAAGAGAGGGGAAAAGCCAAAAAAAAAAAAAAAAAAAGUUCCAAUAUUUUAAAAUAUGAGUUUCCAGAUUGUCCUGUUGAAAUGCAGAUUUUCAUCAGUGCUUGAAGCUCGUUCUAGAUACACCUUGGAAAUGACUGGAUGAAUGGACCUGGUUCAGGUUGAAAAUACAGAAGCAAUUCAAAAUAGUAUCCUUCCUAGAUCUAAGUACUGGGAGAUUCUACUGAAACUCACACAAAAUGCAAUUAAAAAGAUUCCUAGAAUUGUGGAAAGCAUAAGAAGAAAGUUGGCAUUUUCCCCCUAGAAAAGUUCUCCAGAAACAUUCACCCUCCAUUUAAUGACAGCAAUUGCAGGCACCAUUCAGCAAAAAAAAAAAAAAAAAAUUAUUUCUGUAAGUGAAUAUGAUUGUGGAUCUGAGUCAUCCACUGCAGAUGCCUGGCACUUCUUUGGUCGUGGCACAAAUCCUAAAUUUAAUAUCCUUUUGCAUUUUUAGAUGCAGUGAAGUAAAGGAUUUCCCUCCCCAGUAGCUGUUGCAGCAUCCAGUCCAUUUAGCUAUUUUAAAGCACUAAGGGCUAUAUUCUGCUCCUGGUUAUACUGGAAUAACCCAAAUGAGAUGAACACCAUGAUCCAAAUUGGCAACUCUAUAAACAAAAGUGAAAUCUGGCCCAACCUAUUUCUGACUGUAUUAUAGAUCUGUCAAAACUUGAGCUCUUCUAUAUGAUGGUAGAUAUUUUUGUUAAAAUUUAAAAAGACAUUUAUUACAAGAGAUUUUUGGAAUAGUGCUGGACAGCUUUUUAGGAUAAGUAUAUUUUUAAAACAUUUGAAAUGGAAAUAUUUUUUUAAAGCUCUGUGUAUUUAAAUUGUUAUCUAGAGUAGCUGUGAGGGCUUGAAGUAAUGAACAAUAGUGAUAAGCAAGCUAAGGACUGUGUGCUAUUAUAAAAUAAUUAGAGCUGAUAAAAAGUAGCAUUUAUUUAAUGACUGUAAAUGCUAUUAUUUCUUUUGAAAAGCACUCUUUGUUCAAAAUACUGCCUUGCUCAGAAGGAGGGAGCCACCCUGUGUGCUCGGGGGUGCCAGGGUCCAUCAGCACUCCUGGGGAUCCCCCCAGCAGGGAUCAGCUGGAAAACCUUCAGAGAACCACAGUCUGUCUGUCUGUCUGUCUGUCUGUCUGUCUGUCUGUCUGUCUGUGCCUCAGCUCCAGGACCCGACCAGCACAGCAACGCUGAUCCCUCUGAGGGGAUUUGGGGCUGCAGGGGGAGAGCUCUGCCCUGGGGGCGUGCUGGGGUCUGCCCUGUCCGUCUGUCCUGGGAUCUGCCCUGUCUGUCUGUCUGUCUUGGAGGCUGUGCCUGGGAUCUGCCCUGUCCCUUUGUCCUGAGGAUCUGCCCUGUCCCUCUGUCCUGGGGAUCAGCUGUGUCCGUUUGUCCUGGAGAUCAUCCCUGUCCGGCUGUCCUGGGAAUCAGCCCUGUCUGUCUGUCCUGGGGGCUGUCCCUGGGAUCAGCCCUGUCCAUCUGUCCUAGGAUCUGCUCUGUCCAGCUGUCCCUGGGAUCAUCUCUGUCUGUUUGUCCUGGGGAUCAGCUCUGUCCGGCUGUCCUGGGGAUCAGCCGCGUCCAUUUGUCCUGGAGAUCAUCCCUGUCCAGCUGUCCUGGGAAUCUGGCCUGUCUGUCUGUCCUGGGCGCUGUCCCUGGGAUCAGCCCUGUCCGUCUGUCCUGGGGGCUGUCUCUGGGUUCUGCCCUGUCUGUCUGUCCCUGGGUUCUGCCCUGUCCGUCUGUCCUGGGGGCUGUCCCUGGGUUCUGCCCUGUCUCUCUGUCCCUGGGAUCAGCCCUGUCUGUCUGUCUCGGAGGCUGUGCCUAGGAUCUGCCCUGUCCGUCUGUCCCUAGGAUCAGCCCUGUCUGUCUGUCUCGGAGGUUGUGCCUAGGAUCUGCCCUGUCCGUCUGUCCUGCUGCAGUGGGGCUGCCCCGGAGCUCUGCAGUUCCCCCUUGGCUGCCAGGGCUGCUCUGGGUGUGCUCCACGCUGGGGUCACAGCCAGGAGAGAGUCUCAGCUCAUUCAAUGCACUCCUUCCCCAUUGGUUUAUAGGAUUGUUACUUCUGAAAAAACACCCAGACAGAAUCAAGCAGGACAAUGAGAGGCUAUUCUCUAUCAAUGCUGUCUUAUUCUAAUACAAUUCCUUCAAGAAAAAAUGGAAUUACAUGAUUUUCACUGUGUAGUGCCAUGAUUAUUAACAACACAAAUAUAUUUAUAAUUUCAA